AUGUCUGCCGUCGAGAUCUUCUAUGAACAACGAAACUUAACGCCCGAAGAGCUAGAAGAAAGGAACGCCGAGAAGAUCGAACUUGGCUCGGACCCACCGCUGAUUGACGACGUUCGCUAUCUCAUCGAUAUCAACUUAUAUUUGGACCCAAAUGUGCCGCUUAACCGUCUAGGCGCAGUUUCCAAGGCUAUUGGUGUUGAGCUGCGUCAGCGCCCUGUUGUGGAAGAUGCGGCCGAUUCGCGCAAUGGUGUGCCGUAUACCAUAUUGGUUAUGGCCUUGGACUUUUGUGGAGUUCCCGAUCUCUGUGAUGACACUAUCAAAAAGGUAGCGCAUGCAAUGGCUCAGGAGUUGAUCCGGCCCCUCGAGCAAGCUGACCGCGACGAACCCAUAGAGUUUCCCUAUUUGUCUGAAGGCGACGAAUUCGGUCUCUACCUGGCCAGGAAUGCCACUAACAAAGCGCCAGAAGAAUCUCACAACGAGUUCACAUCUGAAGAGGAGCUUCCAUUCGACGUGGCACCAUUUGAGGAUCCAUGGUCAAGUGAAGAUUGA